CAGCAGGUGGCGGUACUUUUUUCCUCUUCCUCUGUGGUCGUUGAUCGGAAAUGCUGUCGACAGGCGGGAACUUGAAAGUUUGAGUAGGUUUAGGUUAAACAAUAUUCCCGUUUUAGCGCCGUAAACUGUUUUUAUUGUAUUAAAGAGGCAUCUUCGUGGGAGCACGCUUUAGCUCGUUACCCGCUGUUAUUUGUCAGGAUGGGAGACAGAAAUCUUGUUCAGGACUUGAAACGCUGGGCGACAGAGGAGUUUGGGCUGUCCCCGGACAGGCUGCCUAAUGACAGCUAUUUUAAAACACUCUGUGUUGGGACGGGGAAGUCGAUAUGGAAAUAUGUCACCCAGCAUGUUUUCCAGCAAAGGAAUGCGAGGAUCAUGCGUGGCAAUCUUCAGUGGUAUAAAUCGCUUCAAGACAAAGAGUCUUGUCAGGCUGAGGGCCAGAGUGAGGCUGCAAGGCGUAAAGAUCUCCAGAAGAAGAUAGAGCAGCUGAAAGAAGAGAUUAGUCACCUGGACUCUCAGAUGAGUGUUACAGAGGAGCAGAUGGCCACACAAGAGAGCUCUAUCAGUCGAACCUGGGCUCAGGUGGAAGACGGCCAACGCAGAGAGCUGCUGCUUCAGGCUUUCAGGCAGCGCUGCGUCUCGAGCUGCAAGGAUCUUUCUGAUGAUGUCCAACAGAUCAGUGUGCACUGCCAGGCUCUGGAACAGAUGGCCAGAAAAGCAGAAAUUGAAGUGCUGUUUGAUAAAUCUUCUUGCAACAGCCUCAAUGUCAAAGUGGCAACAGAGGCACAAGUUCUGCGCGAUGUGAGAGAGCUGUGUGACGACAGGGUCCACUUCUAUCAGUCUUUACAAGAGUGCGAAUCGAAAACACAGCACUCUGCAGCCACACACAUGACCCGUGAGCAGCGGACUGCUGUAUUCCAGUACUGGCUGAGUGCUGUUGAGAACGUGUUGGGUACUUACCCUCCAAACCAUGUUCUAUCAGCGCUGCAGUAUUUGGCUUCAAGAGAGCAGAAGGUAUUGGAGGAGAAACUGUCGUCUCUGGACGUGACACGGGAUGUAACAGCUCUGCAGUUCCGCUAUGAAAGCGAUCACCUUCUGGAUAUGUCGGCAGAAGAGGAAAAAGAAUUACCACCAGUUAAAACCCUCUUAGAGGCUGCUUGGGAAGAAGUGGAGCAGAGCUUGGUGGAACUGGCCCAGACUCGCUCCAGAGUCCUGCAGCUCAAAAACCAGCUGCAAACCCGUAAGAAGGACGCUGAGCUCGAGGUGUCCAGUAUUAGAGAUGAGCUCCAGGAUGAUUCCUUGGCACUAUCAGCUCUCGAGGUGGAACUGCAGUGUGUGAUGCAGGCAGCCGCCAGGGAUUAUAUCAGAGACCGCUGCAUCCAACUUGACCAACAUGCCCAAAGUCGACAGGAGGCGCUAAGAAGCCUUCGCAGGCAGUGGCAGAGCAUACUGGACUUCAGACAACUAGUGCUUCUCAGACAAGAGCAGAUCAGAGGUCUGAUUAAGGGGAACUCGACAGCCAAGACGCAGCUGAUUCAUCUUCACAGAGAGUUAGAGGAAUUCAUCCAGGCAAAACUAGUGGCACAGUUUGAAGAUGUGACCACUGCAGCCAACAGUCUAAGGAACGCUGUGUCUAAGGAGGCCAGACAGAUGGGAACAGUUUCACUUCUUUCCCUGGACCGCAGAACUAUCGAAGGCAUGCAACGAAUUCCUGCAUCGUGGUUGUCCAUCCAUCGCUUGCGGUCCCCGACCUUCAGCAGCGUGUGUCAGAGUCUGGCAUUCCCUCUGUACAAGGCUCCGGAGGAGUUGUGUUCCCGAUCUCGCUCACAACAGCUUGAGCUGCGUUUUCUUCGUCAGUUACUUCAGCUUCACUCUGCCACUCUGCAGAAGAUAAAGAAGGAAGCGGAUCAGCUGGAGGCAUCUGAUCAAAAGGCUCUCCUGUCCAGAGUCAUGGAGGAGGACCAAAAGCUUCUUAAGUCUUUGGUACCAAGAGUCCGAGGGCUCACUCACCGCUGUGCACAGGGCCUUUCUUAUGGGGACCAAGUCAAAACCGCCAUCUCUUAUUGGUGGGAAAGGCCAGCCCAGCAUGUCCUUCCCGAGGUCAGUAAAGGAGGACUGACUUUUCAGCAGUGGUUACAAAGGUGGAAACUAGCAGCAAAGUCCCCAUAGUUUAAUACUGUGAUGGAUUCCUUUCAGCACCUUUCAGUGGUAGAAUGAACACUGUGUUGUAGAUAUUUAAUGCACAAAUUGUGUUUGUUUGUUUUUUCUCUCAUUUGUCAUCAUUACUCCUAAUGUCUUACCAUGUGUAAAUCAGUCACUAAUAAACCCUUUCGAAGCAAAAUACUUGUUCCUUUCUUUGCUUCCUCAUAUCCAUUAAAGUUGUUUAAAACUGCCUCUGGCUCCUGCAUUGGAAAACCAAGCUGAAUCCAUUGUGAAUGCCCUCUGAAUGAGCCGUAGGUGUCUAUCAAUAGCCCCGUAUCGAUCUUUCUCACAGUCGGCAUUCGGUCCACCGUCGAGCUCCGUGGGCACCGUUGUGGAGUGUGCAGCCAUCCUUUGCAUGGAGUAGCGCUGCUCCUUUGUAGCAGUGAAGGGGGAGUGGAGCAAUCUGAUUCUUGUGAACUCAGCUCCUCCCAUCGCUGCGACUGCGCAGUUCAAUUUUUCACUUUUUUUUUUUUCACUCCUACUCUGGCUUCCGGACGCCAAGACAGAGCGCUGCCGCCGAAUUUAAAGAGACAGGCUUUAGUUUUUUUUAAAUACGAAAAACGGUAACCAUUGUCUCUGGGCUUAUUUUCCGAUACUUCUUGCCUGGGCUCGUUUAAUUCGAUGGUGAUGUUUCAUCAAAGUCACCGAGAGUAGCAGGUUGUCUGUCAUCAACCUUCAUUCUGCUGGAUUUCCCGUCCUUUUUUUUUUUUUUUUUUU